AUGAAACGUCCAACAUCAAAAUCGCUAAACUUUCGCAAUCCACUCGUGUUAUCACCAUCCAAAUCUGAGAGCUCGUGUGCUCGCUCCCGAACGUUAUCCAGACUCAAAUCGGAUGGCCAUAACUUAAUCGCUCGCUUGUCUGGUCCAUUGCGUCGAUCAAAAUCUCAGUGUGGAUCGUUAACUUUUUCAGCCACUAGCUUUGGUGAAAUAAGAUACAAUACCGAGUUGAAGGCACAAACUGAGCAGAUAAUGGAAUCUGACACCAGACAUGAAUUUUUAAGGUACCAUAGGCGCCGUGAACAUACACAGUCAUCUAACAUGAUGGCUGAUGCUAGAAGCAAACGGCGGAAGGAUUCGGAAAAUUCUGACUAUGCGGACGAAAACAACGAGCCCUUACUUGCUUGUAGUGUAUACGGAGAAAAAACAAAAUGGAUUUCUGGAAUAAGGUCAUACUUGAGUCUUCGAAGACGUGACAGUCAUCGACGAGAGAAGCUGCACAAAAAAAGCAAAUCGGUACCAACAACCACACCGGUUUCUAUAAUUAAUCAUGCCGCAAUUGCCGACGUAACGGUACCUUUUGGAAACAAUCGUUCGGGAAUAUUAGUAGUCGGCCAGUCAAUCAAAUCACCAAUAUCACCUUUGGAGCGGAAGCACUUUGCAGUACCAACCCCAGCAAAAGUAGAACAACGAGAGAGAAGGCGAUGUCAAAGCUCUGCUACCACCUGUAUGGAUCAUCAGCGUAAUUCAUCUUGUAUAUCAACCUCUAACUUCACCGUAAAUUCAGAGAAUUUGACGGCACGAGAAUUUGCAGAUAUGACGGGCAUACGCAUUUGCAGCGAUGAUGAAGAUUUGGAUGAUGAAUUGGUAGUUGAACGUGCUUCAACCCCACAAAAAACAUGCCAAUCAGAUGAAGAACUUAUCUCACAAAGUAGUUUAUUUUCGACACCUCAUACAACCAUUUAUUCUAAUCAUAUCACUGCGAAUUCAUUUGGAGGUCAUAGUAGGACUUCAUCCACGUUGAAAAAGCCGCAAAUAUGGGAGCAAGAAUUUUGGAAAAAUUCAGAAGAUUUGCAAGCAAUGCCAUUAUGUUUCAGUUCAUUACAACAACAAGAAGGUUAUCAGAUUGAAAACGGUAUGCUACAGCUCCCUAAAUCCAAAUCAGCUCAGUUGGAACCUUACCAUCAUGGUCUACGCAACAAUCAUCGACGAAUAGAUAGUUCGCCCAUGCCAUCAACUCCAUCGAUAUAUGAAAAAUCGAUGACAAUCGACGAGCGAGCAGCUUCAGAGAGAAUGAAAGAUGAAAAAUCGCGCAAACCUAUUGAACCCAUCAGCAAGACUAAGAAGGAAAAGCCAAUAGUUGUUCGCAAGGGUAGAUUUGAAAUCAUCUAUGGAAGCCCACCAGAAGAUAGCUUGCUACUGAGCAAAAUAUACCCACCAGAAGCUAGCUCCGCUUCGUUUACCGAUUAUAUGCCUGAUGAAGAAUCAAAUCUUCUGUCGGGUCGAACAGUCGAGUGGAAGAGGAAGAAACACUCAAUAAAGGAGUAG